ACUCCCAGAACAUCAAAGCAUAGCUCAGCCCUCCAGCCCGACCCGGUCAGUGCGCUGGUACACUACCCCCACAAGCUCGAAGAAGCAGCGGUACUUUAACAUGGCUCCUCUUUCGUCCAAGGCCGUUGCACUCGUUGCACUGUCCUCCCUCCUCGUCACCUACGCCGCCGGCGCCGGGAACUUCAACGAUUCCGCCUUCACCGCCGACCCCAACUGGGAGGACGCCAGGGCCACCUGGUACGGCGCGCCCACCGGUGCCGGCCCCGACGACGACGUAAUCGAUGUGCAUUCAGGUGGUGCGUGCGGGUUCAAAAACACCAACCAGUACCCCUUCUCCUCCAUGACAUCGUGCGGCAACGAGCCCAUCUUCAAGGACGGCAAGGGAUGCGGCUCCUGCUACCAGAUACGAUGCACCAACGACCAGUCCUGCUCCGGCAACCCGGAGACGGUGGUCAUCACCGACAUGAACUACUACCCGGUUGCCAAGUACCACUUCGACCUGAGUGGCACCGCCUUCGGCGCCAUGGCCAAGCCCGGCCUCAGCGAGAAGCUCCGCCACUCGGGCAUCAUCGACAUCCAGUUCAAGAGAGUGCCGUGCGAGUUCCCCGGUCUCAAGGUGACGUUCCACGUGGAGCAGGGGUCGAACCCGGUGUACUUCGCGGUGCUGGUGGAGUACGAGGACGGCGACGGCGACGUGGUGCAGGUGGACCUCAUGGAGGCCAACUCCGGGACGUGGACGCCGAUGCGCGAGUCAUGGGGGUCUAUCUGGCGGCUGGACUCCGGCCACCGCCUCCAGGCGCCCUUCUCCAUGCGCAUCACCAACGAGUCCGGCAAGACGCUGGUGGCCGACAAGGUCAUCCCGGCCAACUGGGCGCCCAGCACCUUCUACCGUUCCAUCGUCCAGUACAGCUGAAGCUGCUGAACUGAACUCAUCAUUUGGAAUCAUGCAUGCAUUGGCUUGAUUUGGUAUUUGUACUACCAUGGAUCGUUUUGCAUGGGUACUACUGAGGAGGUUUUUGAUUAAUUAAGGUUGGGUCAUCGGGUGUCAUGUAGGCGUCGUCGUGCAUGUGUGUCUUGAAUACGUCGGUGGGAUAUGGAGGAGGGGCACUUUUGCAUGUGCACUCCCGCGCCCACCGUCACUGUACCAGUGUGUAAGCAGACCAUAAGUUAUUACUGUUUGUGUGUA